AUUUUUCAGUUCAAAAAAUGAUUAUUCUUGGAGCCCCUGUCCCUAUACUGAUUGUUGCCUGCACCAUUAUUUUGGAAGCUUCCAUCAAUUUUAUUACUUUAGCGAGGUUGAAAUUAAUACGCUUUCAAUUUCGAAAAGGUAGCAAAUUUGAUGCAGUCUCAUAAUUUGAAAGAUGACAGUGGGUAUCACAAUCACAGCACAGUUAGAUAUAUUAAUCUACAUUUUGAUGAUGUCAAAGUUCCAUUUCUGGUCACGCUGUUUCUUCUGGUUGCUGGAGGGAUGAAAACUAUCUUCCAUCUGUCGAGAAAAUUAAUCAAAGUAGUGCCAGAAAGCUGUUUCCUAGUAAUAUUAGGAGUGGUUGCGAGUCUUAUUCUCUACUACGCCGUGGGAGCCCAACAGAAGGACUACAACUUGGAUUCAAACGCCUUCUUCUACAUACUCCUGCCGCCCAUAGUGUUCGAUGCUGGCUACUUCAUGCCCAACAGGGCCUUCUUCCAGAACCUGGGCACCAUCCUACUCUAUGCUGUUAUUGGCACUCUGUGGAACACAUUCAUCAUUGGUCUUAUCAUGUGGGGAUGUGACGCGGCGGGGCUCUUCGACGUCAGCUGUGGCAUGUUGCCUAUCUUCACGUUCGCUGCUCUCAUCUCAGCCGUAGACCCAGUUGCUGUUCUAGCAGUGUUCGAAGAAAUCCACGUCAACGAAACACUGCAUAUUCUCGUUUUCGGCGAAUCCUUGCUGAAUGAUGCAGUUACAGUUGUCAUUUACCACAUGAUGGAGACGUUCACAGAAAUAGGCACUGAGAAUUUAAAAACUGUUGACGUGUUUGCAGGAAUCGCGAGUUUUUUCUUCAUUUCUCUGGGUGGUACUACAAUAGGAGUUUUGUUUGGGUUAUUUACGGCAUUUGUAACUAAAUAUACAGAUCAUGUGCGGGUUAUAGAGCCGGUGUUUAUAUUCGCAUUCAGUUAUUUGUCUUACUUAUGCGCAGAAAUUUUCCAUUUUUCUGGUAUUUUGUCGAUUGUGUUUUGUGGAAUAACAAUGGCACAAUACGUGGAAGAGAAUCUGUCUCAUAAAAGUAGUGUGACUAUCAAAUAUUUGAUCAAAAUGAUGGCAGUUGUUUCGGAGGCUAUCAUUUUUGUCUUUCUUGGACUCUCGACGACUGAAGCCUUGUUGCAUCUUGAUCUAAUGUUUGUAAUUGUAUCGCUAAUUCUCUGCUUGGCUAUCAGAUUUGCAGGUGUAUAUUGCCUCACUGCUCUUGCAAAUAGAUUCCGAGUUGAUAAAUUGAAUAACAGUCAGCAGUUUAUUAUGGCGUAUGGUGGUAUUAGAGGCGGAGUUGCCUUUUGUCUGGCUGUAUUACUGGAUGAUGAAGUGUUCGGAGAAAGAGUGAAAGGCAUUUUUGUGUCGGCUACAAUUAUAGUAGUGUUCUUUACGGUGUUUAUUCAAGGCAUGACAAUAAAGCCUUUAGUUCAGGCGUUUCGAAUCAAGACGCAGAACUUGGAAAAUCUGAAUGUGUUUGAAACUAUGUCCGAGCGGGUUGUCGAUCACGUGAUGUCGGCAAUCGAAGAUAUCACAGGUCGACAUGGAGAGAACUGGCUUCGUGUGCAUUACGAACUAGUGAAUAACAAGUACCUGAGACCAAAUCUACUAAAACAGAAACCGGUGACGACAGAGUUGAACAUGAUGAGAGCUUUCUCGAGACUGAAUAUUCGCGAGACAGUGCAAUAUGUACAGAGUCACCAGAACAUGUUCCAUACUCCAACUGCUAGUCAGAACACACUCUCUCAUUACCUCGCGAAGGAGUUCGAAAAGUACGAUGGUCAUACGGAAUAUGCUGGCAGCAAUUUGUACACUUACGGGGAAACGCAACUAGACGUCAAGCCUGUCACAACUUUCUUUCGACCCACUCCAAAGAUGCUAGAGGAUGCCCAGAUUCACCGGGCUACGAUGGAAACCGCAUUCCGAAGGCGAUCUAAAGACGCACAUGCUAAAUACACAAAACCUAAACACGCUAUUCCAAUUCGAAACAAUGACUCUUUGCACCACAUGGAAAGCUUCAGUGCUAUGAGGCAUCACAUGAUUAACCCAAGCUUCCACAAAAAAAGCAUCGGAGGCAUUGGUUUUGAGCGCUGGGAGUCGCCAAACAGAUUUUACCAGUAUAGACCGAGCGCAAGUGUGGUAGUGUCGAACUCUAGGUCAACAACGGAAAAUAAUGAUGGGAAGACCGACUAUGUCCAAGGAUCAAAUGUGCUCGAUGAAGUCACUUACGCGAAGAUUGCCGACGAAGAAAGUUCGUCAGGAGGUAUAAUUUUCACAGUUCCUAAACGGCGACCCACGAAAGAGGUUCAGAUAGAAGUGGAACCCGAGGUGUAUUCGAGCUCGGAAAGCAAAAAAGGAGAGUUAGGAGUGAACAAUGACUCAGAUUCGUUUCCGUUCGUCCAGUCUCCUGUCGCAAUAGAGUCGUAUCUGCCUUGGAAGGAACUAGCACUGUUGGAUCCCAACACCGAAAAGCUUGAAGAAGCGGCGCCAUCACAAAAUGUGUAUAUUCCUCCGGGCAGAGAUUCGUCGCUGAAGGAAUGGGACAGAGAGCUCCCAAAGAGAGUCAGACUCUCCUCACGUUCGAGACUCAAAAAGAAGCAGUCUGGCGCGAGUGGUCGUGAUCGUCUGAGAUUUUCGGAAAAAUCUGAUGUGACUGGUAUUGUACAGUCUGCUGACAGAAGCGACAAGAAAUCUUUCGCUUCCGGAAGCAAAAGUUCAGUUGCUUCUGGAUCGUCAAAACCGGGCGUAGUGUCGCUGCCGAGAAAUAAAAGUGAAAUGGUCGGUUCGGGUGCAUCUUUUAAAACGUCAAUUUCGCCCACGGAGAGUAGAAGCGCAUUAGCGGUUGGUUCAUCAGUGCUUUCAUCGCCGUCUGAAGGUAAUAGAGUCUCUAGCCCAGCUGUGAAAUCGCCGAAUUCCGGAGAAGCAUCGAAGAGUUCCUCAAGAUCGAAAUUGGCAGUCGAUUCGCAAGUGGAGGGUAGUAAAAGUGUGACAGAUUCGGUUGUCGAUGUGGGAUCGUAUGGGGGAGCUGGUUCCUCGACUUCGGAGUCUGAUGAAUCAGAGCUGGAAACUGAAUCGGAAAGCGAUUAAUAAACUUUCGGCGAAAAAAGUGUUGAAUUAAUGGUUGUACUUUUUCUCACCUUUUGUGUUAA